UGUGCUUGUCCUGCCUUGUUACGUGUUUGCUGUAAUAAUAUUUCCCCUUUAAGGCUGGGCUGAAGUUAUUUAUACUUGUGGGGUGGUGACAGGAACAGAGAGCGGAGCAGGAGCCCUGAACUGCUCUUACCUGAUCUGCGGCAGAGGGGCAGCCAGAGGAGGAAGGAAGCUCAGAAAAAGAAAGAGAGCAAGAGAAGGGACUCCAGAGGAGGGGAAGAGAAAGCAGGCAGGGCAUCCCUGGGGAGGGACGAGGGAGGGGACCAGCUGUGGAAGCAGAAAAAGGGGGAACGAGGGAAGGAGGAAGGAGAGGAGUAAGGAGGGAGAGGUCCUCAGGGAAAAGAGAGGGGCAGAGUGGCUCCGGGAGCCAAGGGGCUACUCGUGUCCGAUGCCAAGCGUCGCUAAGGGUUGCUGACUGGGUGUAGCUGAGGAGAGCAGCUCUUGUGGUCUUCUCCAAGCACUCAAGAUGAUGAAGAGGCAGUUUAAUCGGAUGCGGCAGCAGCUGUCCCAUCCCAACAUCACCAGCCGAGCCCAAGAAGCAACCGAGGUCCUGCCAGAAGAUUUGCUGCAGAUUGAGCAGAGGAUCGAACCAGCCAAGCGAGCAGCUCACAGCGUGUCCAAGAGGCUCCAAGCCUGCCUUCAGGGGCAAUGCGGCUCUGAGAUGGACAAGCGAGUGAAGAAGCUGCCCUUGAUGGCUCUGUCCAUGACGAUGGCUGAGAGCUUCAAGGAACUGGACACGGAGUCCAGCCUGGGGAAGGCCCUGGAGAUGGGCUGCUGCAUACAGAGCUCACUGGCCAAAAUCUUGGCUGAGUUUGAGAUCGCCCUGGAGCAUGAUGUCCUGCAGCCACUCAACAAGCUCAGUGAGGAAGAGCUUCCCAUCAUCCUAAAACACAAGAAGACCCUCCAGAAGUUGAUUUCUGACUGGAACACCAUCAAAAGCCGGUUGAAUCAAGCUGCCAAGAGCUCCAGUAACAGCUCUGGUGCUGGCGCUGGCCCCGGGGCGUCUUCUGCUGCCAACAAACUGGAGAUCUUGAAAGAAGAGGAGGAGGAGGUGAAGAGGAAGGUGGAGCAGUGCAAGGAUGAGUACAUGGCUGACCUCUAUCACUUCUCCACCAAAGAGGACAGCUACGCCAGCUACUUCAUCAGACUGCUGGAAAUCCAAGCCCAGUACCACCGUCAGUCCCUGGGAUCGCUAGACUCAGCUCUGGCGGAGCUGAAGGAAAGCCACAACCAGACAGAGCCUUCCUUCCCUGCAGACAUGCCAGUGGCAGGGUACUAUGGUGUGCCGCUAGAGACGCACCUCAAGAACUUGGGCCGGGAGAUCGCACUGCCCAUCGAAGCCUGUGUCAUGAUGCUGCUGGCCUCUGGCAUGAGGGAGGAGGGACUCUUCCGGCUGGCAGCAGGUGCCUCAGUACUGAGAAAGCUGAAGAGCAGCUUGGCCAGUGGCUCCAAUGCCCUAGAGGAGUUUUACUCAGACCCCCACGCUGUGGCCGGUGCACUGAAAUCCUAUUUGCGGGAGCUGCCACAGCCUUUGAUGACCUUCGAGCUCUACAAUGAAUGGGUCAAAGUAGCCAGCUUAAAGGACGUUGAUGGCCGCAUACAGAGCCUGCAAGACACCUGCAGCCGCCUGCCCCAGGAGAGCUACAACAAUUUAAGGUAUCUGAUCAAGUUUUUAGCCAAGUUGGCUGAACACCAGGAGGUGAAUAAAAUGACCCCCAGCAAUAUUGCCAUUGUGCUGGGCCCCAACCUCCUGUGGCCGCAGCAGAGCACAGGAGACCCUGUACAGCUGGACUUGGCCUCCGUCUCUUCCAUCCAGGUGGUGGGUGUGGUGGAAGCACUCAUCCAGAAUGCAGACAUCCUCUUCCCUGGAGAGGUAGAUUUCAAUGUCUCAGGCAUGUUCACACCACCUGCCGAUGGCAGACUUGGCGAGACCAUCCUGGUGGAAGAGCCAUCUCCCGAGCCCUCUCCAGCCAUCUCCCCUGCUGACCUGGAUGAAGAAGCCAUCCUGAGGGACCCUGAGGGCAGAUCCCAGCCAGCAUCCCCAGCACCAACCACACCGUCUCCCGAAGCUGUGGAGCCAUCAAAUCCACAGAUGACUGAGGACACUGCCCACAAAGGCAAGCGCCCAGCUCCAGCACCACCCAUGAUGCCACCGCCUGUGGCCCAGCCGCGGACCAUCACUCCUGCCCCAGCAGCCCUUGAGCACACAGCCAGCCCCAAAGCCAGGCCACGACGGAUGGCUGGGGCGCCCUGCCGAGCCCCCUCUGUCCCACCACCACUCCCUCCACAGCCGGCACGCCGCCACAGCCGAGACACCCCGCCAUCCCCAAGGCUUCCCGCCAGUGAGGCGGACACAGCAGCUGCCAUGAACUGUGCCCUUGGAACCACGGAAGAGGAGCAGCCACUGCCUGCAGGAGGAAGGAGCUCCCUGGCCACAUUGCCAGCAACAGGACAGCCCAUGGAGAACUGAGAACAGUGCAGGGCACCACAGAGCUGGGGAGAUGGGGUCCAGUGCCCUGCUGGGACCCAGGCACUGUGGAAAUGCCAGGGUGGCCUGUGGGACAGCACGCUGGUCCAGCUCCUCCGAUUUGCUCCCUUGGCUUGCACCAGCCAGGACUCUCCACCUGCCUCCCCUUGCACCCUCUCUUCCUCCCCAUGUCCCUGCUGGGAAGACAGGCUGGACUUCAAGCCCUGCCACUCCUAAAGGACUCCAUUCCCAGCCCAGGAUCCCCUGAUCCUGGGAAUGCUCCCAGGCACUGCCAGGCACACUGAGCAGGCUGGCUUUGUGGGGCCAUUUGUGGGCACACAGCUGCAAUCUCAGCACAUUCCACACCACUUUAUCUUAAAAUGUGUUGCCACAGAGAUAUAUAUUAAAAAAAAAUACAUAUAUAUAUAUUUUGCAACUGAUUUAUUGAAAGAGCUGGUGUCACAGUCACGUGCAAGGAGAGUGCACUUGGCAGCCUGAGGUUCUGGAGCCUGCCCAUCCCACAGGCAGCAGCCAGGAGGAAGGAAGGGGCACAGUGCAGUCCAAGGACAGGAGGGUGACCUGAUACCCAAAAUACUGGCAAAUAAACUCUCUACGACUUGUUUUGGAGUUUUAGAAAGCAAGCAUCCUUUAUCAGGCCUGGGCAACACGAGGGAGUGAUCACCAUCAGUUGUGUGCAGCAAGACAAGAGCUGGCGACAGAACCGAUUUCCCACUUACAUACAUGUAUAUAAAUUUUCCCAGAAAUGUUAUGCAUAUUCCAUUACUUUCUGAUGGCAUUAAAAAGCCAAACUCAAUAAUCAAAGCCAAUUUGAUUAUUAAGCAAGUAUCCCUUUAAUAAAUGGCGUGAGGGUACACGUGGCAUAAUCCACCUAAUGUGACCAACAAUUGAGGCUGGUUACAUGACUUCUAUACUGGUUAAACAUACAUGUCCAUAUAGAUUCCUGGAAAUAUGUUACAUGUCUAUUGUUUUUCUAGGAACUUACCAUAGUUUGUCACCCACUCUUGAAUGCACAUCAAAGUUUCUUUGUGUCUUCUGUUUGCCUCUGAUGGUCUUAAUCUCAUCUCCUUCCUCAUUGUGUCCUCUCAGUGAACUCAGGUCUGUCCUUUAUUUCUCCUGCCGGACUG